AAUAAAAAGCUUUUUCUUUUAUUCUUCUUUAAGCUUUUCUUUCUAUCAUAUUAUCGCGUUGUUGCUUUUAGUGCUCGUACUUAUUUUCUGUGUUUUUCAUUUUACAUCACGAGCCUAUCUAUCAAUGCCAUGAAUUCCUUAAACACUGAUUGUCUCAUUGAAAUUGUGAAAUUUCUUAAUUUAAAAGAUCAAGUUACAUUAAAUCAAGUAGACAGCAGUCUACAGUUGGCAGUAACAACUCUAUGGCUGAUCAAAUACAAACAUAUCCAUAUCAAUUUCUUAGAAGUACCCUUAACUAAUCAAGAAUUUUGGAUAUUUCUUAAAACUAUUAAAGAUGCAGUGGAAGUACUACAAUUGAGAUUUUUAACCAAAGAUAAAUAUGAAAUAAUGAAACAGUUUUGCUUUAAGCGAGUCCAUAAUUUUCGAUUUACACUUAGCAAACCUUACUUCCUGGAAGAUAAUGAUUUAAAAGAUUUGAGGAAAAUGUUGCCAAAUCUGAAAGCAUUUAGUCCACAUGGCAAUUUAUCUGGUCUCUAUAUGGAUGAGUGGCCGUUAUUAAAGGAUCUCAAUUUAAGUUUUUGUUUUAAACUUGAAAUGCAACACUUUCACACCAUAAUAAAUCAACUGAAAUUGGAGAAAUUAAAACUAAAUGUAUUUCCCAAUAACAAUCAAUUUGAACAGAUGAAUUUGUUGGAUGCCCAACUGGAGUAUUUGAAAUAUUUAGAAUUAAACACUUAUGAAUUUUACUACUUUUUGGCGAAGCCUCUAAAGGCUCUUAAAGAAUUAAUAAUCACCAAUCAUUAUAAUCCAAGGCAAUUGUUUGAUGUUUUAUUGUCUAUAUGGCAGGCGAAAGAUAUUCGCCUCGUGGAAACAGCUAAUGUCGAUAACAUUCUAGUGAACAGUGUGGAAAUGCAUUUGAAUGUAGAACAAUUGACUAUAGUCAAUGAUGAAAAUCCUUUGCCCUCCAAUAUCAUUAGUUCACUGCACCUAUUAACUGAUUUGCGUAAAUUACGCUUCAAAAGUUGCCAAAUAAAAUCCAAAAAUUUUAUUAAUCUCCUCAAGAAUACUCCUCAAUUGCAGGACAUAAGUUUUGAGCAUUGUCAAUUUGAUGUUGCUAAUAUUUGUGUUAAAGUUGAGGAAAUAAUUACAAAUCGCUCGGAGAAAUUAAGACUGAAUAUGUUUGAGAAUAGACUGAUGGAGAAUUCGGAAAGACCUGCCUGGUCUAGAGGAAUGGAAGAGAUUUUAUAUGUUGUAGUGGAUGUACUUGGACAACAUAAUUUAAUAGAAUUGACCCAGUUUAAGGGAACCGAUUUAUGUUAUGAACCUUUAUAUGUUGUAUAUCGAUAACACUUAUUCAUUCCUAUAUAUUUACAUAUGUAUAUUAAUAAAAAUCAGUAAAGUAUUUGCAUUUUCAGAUUA